AUGAACAAUACAUUUGAUCCGACACUACAUUCAUUUGAUAAUUACUCAGGCACACCACAAAAGAGACAGAAUAGUUUAUCUUCACAAAUGGUUCAUACAUCUAAUAAACGAACACCCAAUCCACUUCAAACCCCGUUGGCAAUGCAAAGUGCACAAGAAUAUCCAUUUACUGUCAAUAACAAUAAUCUGAAUUUGAAUUCACCUACAACUGCACCUCAAGUGUCAUCACCACGCUAUAAUGUUCGAUCUAGAAAAAAUGUGAUUCAACACAUGAAAACCCCCACACCGUCGGCUUAUGAAGUUCCGUCGAGUCCUAAUAUCAAUCAUUUAUCACACUUAUCAAAUCAUAAUCAUUCUGAUCUGUCUGAUUCCAAUGCUGUGUUAGAAAAUACCCAAGAGGCAAUGGACACUAAAGUAGCAUCCCGUUCUUUUUCACAACAGCAACAGCAACAGCAAUCAUAUUCGCACCUGACACAUUCACAAAAUUAUCAACAACAACAACCUACGCCGCAAACUUCUGCACCGCCACCAUCCCUGCAGCAACAGCAACAGCGAGUUAUGUCGGAAGAAGAACAACAACUUGCAACAAAACUCAAAGAAACUUACAAGAAUAUUGUCAACUAUGAAGAAAUCAUUCAAAAUAAUUGUGUGGAGAUAAGUUUAAAAAUAAACCAAAUAACUUCAACGAACAAUCCAAAUUUGGUUUAUGGAUCACCUAUGGCUGCUCAAAAUUUAUCAAGUUCAUUAAAUUCAAAUUCAUCAGUAGCUUCUGGUGUAACUAGAACAUCGGAAUUACUGAAUGAUUUAUGGACUGUAUAUCAUCAAAAUAUAACCUUAUUGGAUAACUAUUAUGAUUUUUUAGUCACAUCUUUAAAGCCAUCAUCAAAUCAAACUCAAUUUAAAACCGGUAAAAAUAUUGUUGACUUAUACAAGAUUCCUAGAAGAAUGUGGGUUUAUGGAGUAGUGGGGUUUCUUGAAGUUUUGAAAAAUAUCAUGAGUAUUUUCCAAGAUCAUGAAAUUUGUCUGUGUUUUAUAUCAUAUUGCUUUAAUAUUAUUUCCAAUUUAACAGACCCAAUUUUAGAAAUGGAAGGAUGGUGGCUGGAAAAAUUGGGUGAUUUAUCAAGAAUGGCCAUUGCCCUUUAUGCAUCCAAAUUCAUUGAUUGGAAAAUCAGUGCUGAAUGUUGGUAUUCUGUGGCCAUGAAAACACUCUAUGGACAUGGGAAAAUAUAUUAUCAUAUGUGUACCGUACAACAGGACAAUUUAGAUGCUUUAGUCAACAUUGGUAAAUCUGUGAUUUGUCGUGAUCCUUUUGUUCCUACACAACAUUAUUUGAGAUUAGUGGUGGAAAAUAUAUGCACCCAAAGAAACAUUUUAUCAUUAUUAGAAUUACCUAUUAUUGAUUUCAUUAAAAUUCAUAAAGUUUUACUCAGUAUUCAUAAUGGUAGAAGUAAUGACGGGAAUACUACUGAAAGCAUACAUGACUCUCAAUUACAAUAUGGAAUUGAUUUGGUUACUAGAUAUGGAUUAACUUUUGGUUCUGAUUCAAAUGGGUAUAAUUUUUUCACCCGUGAAUUAUACGCUGCAGGUAAUAGUGCAAAUUCAAUCAGUAGUGACCCUCAGCAACAGCAACAGCAACAGCAACAGCAGCAGCAACAACAACAACAGCAACAAAUUCAACAAAUUCAACAACCUAGUGCAACAAAUACUAUUGAAAAAAUGAAUUUUUGGUUCAAUAAAGGAUCAUUAUUUGCCAUUUCUAAUAUUAAUCAUCUUAUUGGAUUUGGUGAUGCGAAAAAUCCAUUUGCCAAAUUAUUUCAAUUACCAGAAGCAUUAAAAGAACGGAAAGAUAAAAAGGAUCGUAAAAGAAAAUCAAGAAGUGCUUCACAAACUGAAGAUGCCAAUUUAGCUACUAUUGGAAGUGCAGGUGGUGUUGAUGGUCAAUCAAUUACUGCUGCUGAUUUAACUACAAAUGAUUGGUUUUAUUGUCUUCAAUUUAUUAAUAAAUCUGUACUUGAAUUAUCGAUGAGAAUAUUGAAUCAUUAUUUAAUUGGUCCCAAGCAAGCAUCUACUGCUCAUAUAAUAGUAUGGUUAUAUUUUUUGAUUAGUAUUGGUGAAAGUGUUCAAAAAUAUCCUUUUAGUCAACCGAUGAUACAUUGGUUAUUUAAAAAAAUUUUCCCAUGGGAAUCAUUAAUUAAUUAUUUGAAUUCGUUAUUAUCAUUUGUUAAAAAUAGUCCAAAAUUAUGUGCCAUGUAUACUCAAUAUCUUCAAGUUAAUUAUGUUCAAUAUUUCAAUCAAAAUGAAUUUUUACCUGAAGUUUGGAAAUGUUGGGGCACACUUUGGUUUGAUUUAAUUAGUGAAAAACAUGAUUAUAUUGAUCUGGAAACUGCUGGAGUUAAAAAUAAUAAUUUAUUUGAUUUACCAAUUUGUGGAACUUAUCCAGUGAUUAAUAAUAUGUCAGGAGAUAAUUUUGAUUUAAAAUCGAAAAAUCAAAUGGAAAAUGAUAAUGAUGAAAGGAUUGUUCGUAUUAUAUUAUUGUCAAGAACUAUAGCUGAUAAUUAUGGAUUUGGAUUAGUUCGUACUAGGGAUGAAUUUAAAUUUGAUCAAAAUUUAUAUCAUCGAGAAAUCAAUGAUUCAUUUGCUCAAGAAUUUAUACUCGAUGGAAGAUUUCUGCAAAAUAAUUUUAUGCAACCUAUAUCUAGAGAAAAUUUAACGUUUGAAACUAAUCAUCAAUUAUCAUCGAUUCAAAAAGAUGAAAUAUGGUUUGGUGGUUUUGAUAGUCAUUUAUAUGAUGAUGAAAAUCUCGAAUUAGGUGAAGAUAUCAUUGAUUGUGAAGAUGAUCUUGAAGAAGUAUAUGCCAAUGAAUAUGGUCGAGCAUCUUUUGGUGGUGGUGGUGGUGCUACUACUACUAGUCAUAACGAUUUUUAUGGGGAUAGUUUUAUUGGAACUCCUACCGAUCCAUUAUCAUUAGGUGGUAGUAUUGAUGAAGAUUAUGAAGGGAAUUUUGGUGAUAAAAUCGAUAGUAAUGUAACUCAUAUAACUUUGGAUACUAAUAUUUGGUUGAAACAUUGUGGACGAAUUUAUAAAUGUGUUAGAAAUGGAGUUAUUAAAGUUCUGAUUCCAUUGAUUGUAUUUCAAGAAUUACGAGCAUUAAGAAAAUCUCCAGAAGCCACUAUAGCUGAUGCUGCCACUAGAUCAGUAAUUAUAAUUCGUGAAUUAUAUUUAACGAGAGAAGUUGUUCCAUUGAGAUUUGAUGGUACAGUUGCAUCUGAUAUAAAUGAAACUACAGAAUUUGAAAAUAAUUCUACAUGGAGAUCAAAUGUUGAUGAAACCAUUCUUCAUGCGGUUAAUGAACAUGAUGAAAUGGGGAAAAGAUUGAUGAAAGGAUUAAAUUUACGAUUAUCUUCUAGUACUAGAGAAGAUUAUAAGAAACGAGAUCCACCAGUAUUAAAUUCUCGUAUGGCCAAAACAUUCAAAUAUUGUAUAUUGAUAACUGAUGAUAGAAAUAUGAGAUUAAGAGCUAAAACUAUUGGAUUAACUUCAUUUCAAAGUAAAUGGUUAUUUGGUCAAUUGGAAACUGUAUUUUCUGAUAGAUGUAUUGAUUAA